UUGGAAACUACAAUCAAAAGUUUAAUCUUUAAGACCAAUCUAUGACUCUAAUGAAACGGCCCUCAAAUCGCUUCACAGUCCUGCCUUUCAGUUUCGUCCCUCUCUUCUUAUUUGGGUUUGUCAUCAACAUUGCUAACGGCCAUGAACGACCGCAGAAGACCAACGUCCUUCGAACACCCACAAAGAAACCCCUCCAGUUCUCGUCGAAUUCUUCAUUUAAGAUUGCUGUAUUCGCUGAUCUUCACUACGGAGAGGACGCCUGGACUGACUGGGGUCCUCGCCAGGACGCCAAGUCUGAUAGAGUCAUGUCCACCAUACUAGACCAAGAAGUACCAGAUUUCGUUGUUUAUCUUGGAGAUUUGAUAACAGCUAACAAUCUACCGAUUCCAAACGCGAGCUUGUAUUGGGAUCGGGCAAUAUCUCCAACCAGAGCAAGAGGGAUUCCAUGGGCAACGGUGUUUGGGAACCACGACGACAUGCCGUUUGAGUGGCCAAUUGAAUGGUUCUCGUCCUCUGGAAUUCCUCAACUUCGUUGCUCACCUACGAAUUCUACAACUUCAGGAGAAGAAGCGUGUAGCUUCAGAGGAACUCUGCGAGUGGAACUGAUGAAGAAUGAGAUGCAACAAAACUGGUUAUCUUAUUCUACAAAUGGACCUCAAGAACUUUGGCCUGGUGUGUCCAACUAUGUUCUCCAGGUUUCUUCAUCGGACGGUCAAGGAUUACCCGUGGCUUUCCUUUACUUUCUGGAUUCUGGUGGUGGGUCCUAUCCAGAAGUCAUAUCAAACACCCAAGCAAAAUGGUUCCAGAACAAGUCACAGGAGCUCAACCCUAAGUUGAGUGUGCCUGAGAUAAUCUUUUGGCAUAUCCCAAGUAAAGCUUAUGAAGAGGUUGCUCCCUUCUUUUGGAUAUUCAAGCCUUGUGUUGGUUCAAUUAACAAGGAGAGUGUUGCGGCUCAAGAAGCUGAAAUGGGGAUCAUGGAUUUUCUUAUAAAUAGACCUUCUGUCAAGGCAGUAUUUGUUGGUCACAACCAUGGAUUGGAUUGGUGCUGCCCCUAUGAAAACCUUUGGUUAUGCUAUGCUCGCCAUACUGGUUAUGGUGGUUAUGGGAACUGGCCAAGGGGAGCAAGGAUUAUCGAGAUGACUCAACAACCUUUCUCUCUCAAGUCAUGGAUAAGGAUGGAAGAUGGUGUUAAGCACAGUGAAGUUGUCUUGAGUUCUUGAUGGGUUUCUAGAUCUUCAAAGAAAUGAAAAGA